CGACCAUGCAUGUAUAGCAAAAACACAUUUCCAACAUUCGGUCUUCACUACUAGCUAGUAGUGUUUUUUUCCUACAUAUAUAAACAAUAAUUAUUCAUUGACAGGCAUCAAGCUAGCUAGCUAGCCAACUGUCUGCAAGAAGAAGAAGAAGAAGAAGGUGCAGGAUAAAUCGAUGAAGAAGGCGUCGUCGCUGUCUGAGCUGGGGUUCGACGCCGAUGGCCCGUCAUUCUUCCGGCACCUGACGCUGACCGAUGGCGACGACGGCACGCUGCCCCGGCGGCGGCUGAUCAAGAUCUCGGUGAUCGGCGCGGGCAACGUGGGCAUGGCCAUCGCGCAGACGAUCCUGACGCAGGACCUCGCCGACGAGAUCGUGCUGAUCGACGCGGUGGCGGACAAGGUGCGGGGCGAGAUGCUGGACCUGCAGCACGCGGCGGCGUUCCUCCCCCGCGUGAACAUCGUGUCCGGCACGGAGGUGUCGCUGACGAGGAGCUCGGACCUGGUGAUCGUGACGGCGGGGGCUCGGCAGAUCCCGGGGGAGACGCGGCUGAACCUGCUGCAGCGGAACGUGUCGCUGUUCCGGAAGAUCGUGCCGGCGGCGGCGGAGGCGUCGCCGGAGUCGGUGCUGGUGAUCGUGUCGAACCCGGUGGACGUGCUGACGUACGUGGCGUGGAAGCUGUCGGGGUUCCCGGCGAGCAGGGUGAUCGGGUCGGGGACGAACCUGGACUCGUCUCGGUUCAGGUUCCUCCUCGCCGAGCACCUGGAGGUGAGCGCGCAGGACGUGCAGGCGUACAUGGUGGGGGAGCACGGGGACAGCUCGGUGGCGCUGUGGUCGAGCAUCAGCGUGGGGGGGAUGCCGGUGCUGGCGCACCUGCAGAAGAACCACCGGUCGGCGGCGACGGCGAAGAAGUUCGACGAGGCGGCGCUGGAGGGGAUCCGGCGGGCGGUGGUGGGGAGCGCGUACGAGGUGAUCAAGCUCAAGGGGUACACGUCGUGGGCCAUCGGCUACUCCGUCGCCAGCAUCGCCUGGUCGCUGCUCCGUGACCAGCGCCGCAUCCACCCGGUCUCCGUCCUCGCCAAGGGCCUUGUCCGUGGCGUCCCCGCCGACCGCGAGCUCUUCCUCAGCCUGCCCGCUCGCCUCGGCCGCGCCGGCGUGCUUGGCGUCGCCGCCGAGCUGGUGCUCACCGACGAGGAGGAGAGGAGGCUUCGCAUCUCCGCCGAAACCCUCUGGGGAUACUGCCACGCCCUCGGCCUCUAAAUUCAUUAAUUACUACGCCAACCCGUUUAUAUAUGCCCAUAUAUAUAUGAUUAAUAAUCGUCGUGCUAAUGCCUAUCGAUCGAUAUUAUGCAUCAUCGUAUAUGUCGGUCGAUCGAAGCUUAAUUUCAUGGCCGCCCGGGUUGUAAUAAGCUACUAUUCUCAUUGUGUGAUUAAUUAGCUCUAUUUCUCUGAUUGAGCUAAUUAUGUGUAACUGUAUACACAUUGUGUUCAAACAAUAAUGGAAUGAAUAAAAUUGAUUGAGACAAA